UGUUUACGCCAUCAUACUACCACCAGUACUACCACCCCUCGGAACCAUUUUACAUACUAACGCUGAAGAUUGGACGCGCACCAGUUGCAGACCUACCUCAUCUUUCCUAGCAUUACCAGUUCUACUAGCAGACUUGUAUAGACAAGCGUAGUAAAAUACUCGAACGGUACUUGGGAGAUCGUAUUGAUAAUUGUAUCGUAUUAUAAUGGAGUUCAACAACCAUUAUGAUGAAGUACAGAAGACCGACAAUGACGCGUCGCCAACCGCAGAGGAACGCAUGGAAGUCGCCAACACAUCAGUGUAUAAACCAAAAUUUGGUCGGCAUGAAGCACAUAAACGUCAUGAUACUAUGGGCGAAAUAGUACAAAAUGGUACUGAUACUAUGAAAUUUAAGUACAAUCACGACAAUGAUUUUGUUGAUAGCCGGUUUAAAGAAUUGAUCCCACAUCCUGAAAUUGUUGGUGUACUUCAAACUGAUAAAUAUGGGAAUUCUGUGAAGCGGGAUCUCAAAUUCCAUCACAGCACUCUAUGGUAAUAAAUAGAUAUAGAAAUAAGCAACAACUUAUAUUUAAUAAUUUGACUCUGACUUAAUCCAUAAAAUAUGUUUUAAAAAUAAUAUGAUCACAAUUAAUUUUAAUUAUAGAUAGUAGUUAUUUUUGAGAGUAAUUUAUUAUUAAUUUAACUGAAUAACUAAUACUUUCAUUACUAUAAUUGUUAUAAUAUGGUUAAGUUAUAAUUCACCAUGUUGAAUUUUAAGUUUUAAUUCAUUUUUAUGAAAUCUCAUCUUAUAUUAUAAGUAUUUUUUUUA